CCCACCGCCUCCACAAGAUGGCGGACGGCGGGGCAGCGCCCGCGCAGCCGGACGGGGAUGUGCCCGCGGCUCCGGCCGCCGGCGCCCGCAGGGAUCGGCAGCCUCGGAGCAGCGGCCGCCCGCCCAGCGCCCGGGAUUUGCAGCUGGCCUUGGCAGAGUUAUAUGAAGAUGAAGCUAAAAGACAGUCAUUGUGUUCUGACAAGCCAACAGCUACAAAGAUCAGUAACCCAAAGGUAUCACAGAGUCUUAAACUGGAUUCUCUUAAAAGGUUGAGAAAACCAGAGAGAAGCAUGAGCGAUGACAAAGAAAACCAAAGAUUUUAUUCAGGUGACUCAGAAUAUAGAGGAUUACAGAUUUCUGGGGCUUCUAAUAACCCAAGUAAAAUUGUUGCUGAGCUCUUCAAGGAAGCAAAAGAACAUGGGGCUGUCCCAUUAGAUGAAGCCUCGAGAGCAUCUGGUGAUUUCAGUAAAGCCAAGUCAUUUUCUGGUGGUGGAUACAGACUGGGUGACUCAUCACAAAAGCACUCUGAAUACAUAUAUGGAGAAAAUCAGGAUGUUCAAAUUUUGCUGAAACUGUGGAGGAAUGGAUUCAGCUUAGAUGAUGGCGAGUUGAGAUCCUAUUCAGAUCCAACAAAUGCUCAAUUUCUUGAGUCGGUUAAAAGAGGGGAAAUUCCUUUGGAACUGCAGCGACUUGUUCAUGGUGGCCAGGUAAAUUUGGAUAUGGAAGAUCACCAAGAACAGGAAUAUGUGAAGCCCAGACUGCGAUUCAAAGCUUUCAGUGGCGAAGGGCAAAAGCUUGGAAGCCUUACACCUGAAAUAGUCAGCACACCUUCUUCCCCAGAGGAGGAGGAGAAAUCCAUUCUUAAUGCACCUGUUCUGAUUGAUGAUUCCAUGCCAGCAACUAAAAUUCAAAUUAGAUUAGCAGAUGGAAGCCGGUUAAUACAAAGAUUUAAUCAAACACACAGGAUUAAGCAUAUUCGAGAUUUCAUUAUCCAGUCCCGUCCAGCUUUUGCAACAACGGAUUUUGUUCUUGUGACUACCUUUCCAAAUAAAGAGCUAACAGAUGAAAGCCUGACACUACAAGAAGCAGAUAUACUUAACACUGUGAUUCUUCAGCAAUUAAAGUGAUCUUGUGAUUGUUGUACAACGUAGGGACCCUGCUGUACUGUCAUACAAUAUGUUUCCAACAGAUGAAAAAAAGGAGAUAUCAGUGUCUUUUUAUUUCCUCUUUUCCAGGGAUCAUAUUUUUGGAUUUCGUGUCUUCCAGCUAUAACAUAUCUAACUUUUUAAUUUUAAUUUCUCAAUGUUAUUCAGGUUAUUUUCAGUGUUAAAAUUAAGGUUCUGUAUGUUAAUAUGUUUCAAACCACAUCUUAUACUAAAUGUGAAAUGAGAUAGGGCUUUGUGACUCAUUUUUUGAGGGGGGUGGGGAAAGAAGCAUUUUUCUGAAGGGGACAGUAUCUUUCAUAGAGUUGGUAAGAUUUGCACUAUGGAAAUGUUCUAUGCUGCAUUGACAAACAGCCAUUUGAAAACUUAGACUGUAGGUUAUGUUUACCUUGCAAACUGUAUUAAUAUUAAGAUGUUCUUUUUAAUAGGUUUACAGAUGCCCUAAUAUAAUUUUUGUACGUUCUAUUUGUAGUGUUUCAUGGUGUAGUAUAAUAUUUAUAUUCUAGUUUUUAUGUCAUUUUCCUUGUAUUGUUGCUCGUAUGAGUGAAUCAGUUCAGGAGAUGCAAACCUCAGCUGUUGUGGACUAUAACAGAAUGUUCUUAUUUGUAUUCUAGUUGUACUACUUGUGAUGAAAAUAAAUAUGAAAUUUUUUCUUCUUGUAAGUUAAAGAAAUGUGAGAGACCACUGUCAUCUGGGGAAAUAAUGUGAUUUAGAGGAGGCCUCUGGUCAUUAUGAAUCUGAGUAUGCAGUUGGACCCUGUGCAACAACCUGAUUCCUUACACAAAGAGUUACUUAAUCCCAAACAAAAAUACACUGAGGUGCACAAACACAGAACUGGUCUACUUUUGUGCAUGCAAGUGACAGCAUAAACCUGUUAAUUGGUCACAUAUUUUUGACAUUUUCAGUUGUUUAUAUUUGGAAUUUUGGCCAAAGGUAUUUUGUAGUAUUCACCUAUUCACUCUGAAGGAGAAUAGGUGGGCUGUAUCUCUUGUACCGAUAUGUGUUAAAAAUUGCUGUUUUCUGUGUUUAUUUUGUUCUGAAAAUAUCAAUACUUGUUUAUUUAUGUUAAGGUUAUAAUUGCUUAGUAUAUUCUUACAUUUUUACCUCAAAGUAGAUAUUUGACUGAGUAGAUUUUAAACAUGCAGUUGUAUUUGAAGUAUUUUGUUUUGCAGUCUGAAUAUCUGCAUGAUUUUAAACAUAAUUCAUUUCAUGUGCUAAGUAAUUAAAGUUUUAUGUUUAAGAUUGCAGACAUGACUUCUUGUGUUAUUCCAAAUUUAUGUUGUGAUAGAGUGGUGAUUGUGUUGUGUGCCAAAUAUUUAAGCCUAAGCAUAAAGGAAUUGUCAGGUACUGUGCGUGUAUUUUAUAUCCAAUAUACUAACAAUUCUCUAUAUAAAUGCGAGGCCAAAGUUCAUGGUAUCAGUUUUGGGCAGUCUGUGGUUUGGGCAUAUUUCAGUUCAGGAUGUAGGUAAAGUUACAUUGUUUAUUACUUCUGAAGACCAUUAUUGAUUAAGCAGUGAUGUAUUAAGAAAAGGGGUUAGCUAAAUUGUUACGUUUUUUCCCUCUUAUGCCAAAACCUACAACUAAAUAUUAUCUCAGUCUUCCUGUGUGUGUCUAUUUGUUUCAAAUACCUGUAAAAUUUUAGUGUUUAAUGACAGCUGAGAGUAACUAGGGGUCCCAGAAGUUGACAUUAUUUUGUCAGGCACUAAGAAAAUAUAUCAAUGCUUAUGUUUAAAUAUUUCACUGCUUCUCUGUACUCGAAAACAUAUGGAAUCUUCUGUCUCAUAAUUUUAUGUCAUAACUUUUAUUGCUAUACAUUGUCACUUAUCUUGGCAUUUUUGGCACACAAAACUGUUCGAGUGCAGACCUAGUGGAUACGCAGUUAAGGCUGGCUACAAGGGAGAAAGAGCUUGGUAGAGGAUGACGAUCUUUCUCUCACAGUAAGGCUGCUGAGUUUGGGAGUUCCAUUUAGUUUCCAUUAAAUACAGGUAAUAAUCCUAUUGCUUGCUCUUUUAGGCAGCCUAUGAAAGGCUCAGGCUUCACCUCUGCUUGACUUUCCUAGAAAUCCUUCAUCACACAAGAGCCAAAUAAUCAAAACCUGAAUGAUUUCCUUAAAGAAAAGUCCUCAGUAAUCAUUUAUUCUGGAUAAACACAGCCUUGUUAAUUUUUGGGUUUUGGUUUUUUCCUCAGCAGCCCACUGAGAUGUUUGCAAACAUUCUGCUUUAAUUAAACUACUGGACACACUUGUAUAAUUAGCAUAUAUUAGCAGUUAUCUCAUGCUGUUCUUGCUCUUCGGUGAAAAGGUGUCCAAUAUUAAAUGAAGCAAGGAAGAGCACACAAGUACUCUGAGGAGCUAUUUGCUAGCUCCCUGCUUAGUUGCUUGCACUAAGCUACAGCUCCCAUGGUCUUUAAAUUGUCUUAUUCUGUGCAGGGAGAAGAGACAGAGAUGCAUCUCCCCCUUGCUCAUACUGCUUAAAGCUGGCAGGCCUCAGCAUAGGCAUGUGCUGCUCUCUGGGCAGGUGAGACAGCAGCAAGAGUCUGGGGUAACUGCUGAAUCAAGGGCAUGCCAAAAGCAGUCAGAUUCUGGUGUUUCUGUAGGAUGGGUAUAAUUGGGAUGGGUUCCUGAAAACAUUAAAAGGGGUGCUGCUUCUAUUUAGCCUGGAAAGCACUGGCCCUGGAAUGGGGUUAGAUGAAAACAGUGCAGCAGAAACAUCUACACCCAUUUGAGGUUUACAGAAUUGACUUUGUGACUGGGAGAUGAUUUUAAUCCCUGUGUGUGUUAUUAGUGACUUUGAUCAAGUUUGAGUUUAUGGUGCUGGUUCUGCUUCUUAACGACCUCUCUUUUAAGAGAGCAUUUCCAUUGAGUCUUUGGUCCUAAGUUAAAUUUCUUAUCUUAAAAAAGCUCAAAACAGGUAUCUUACAAGGAAGAAAACAGGGAUGCGGUGAUUUAAAGUGGGCAGUUUUUUCACAGGGAGGAAAGCAUGACUCUAAUUAGAAGCCUGUACAAAGCUGGAAAUUCAGUUCAGGUAUCCUCAAAGGGAAAUUCAAACACAGUUUUCAAUAGCUGAACUACUGGAAUGAAGCAGCCUUAAAAAUCUAUUUUCCUUUUUGUUGUUGGUUUUUUGUUUGUUUUGUUUGGGUUCUGUUUGUUUGUUUAAAUCUCAUUGUCAUGCUGGCUUUCUGUAAGAUUUGUUUUAAUUCAACCAAAUUUAUUUAGGUUUGGUACUGAUGUCAAAUAAAGUUUAAAAAGAUGGCUUAGUUUUUGAAAA